AUGGCCUUGGUUCUGCAUGACGGGACCGCGGAUGCUCAGAUUAUUGAUGAGGCUAGAAGGACAAAGGGGGUACGGAAUGGAGCUGCCAGAAAUGGGAGCUCACCGAUGGAGAUCACCGGAGAUGGGGAUCGCCGCCCUAUGAUUAAAGUACCGAUGAAGAAAGCGAGGUUCCUAGUGUGGAACGCGCAGGGUGUGGCAAACGCCCGCACUAAGAGACAUCUCAGAUAUCUGAUUCGAGAACACAAGAUUUUGUUUGCAGCAGUGAUUGAACCACAAAGGACACCGCCAGCUUUAGGGAGGAACUUCCAGUGCCUUCGGUUUGCAGCAUCCAGUGAAAGUGGUCACAUUUGGAUUCUUGCCCGUGAGGAUUGGACAGUGGAAGUGGUUGAUGACUCGAGACAGGCCUUACACGUUAAGACGAGACAGGUACUUUGGGAAAAGUUGGGAGACAUCUCGCUGGCUGUGGAGGGAAGACCGUGGCUAGUGGGAGGAGACUUCAACAUGUUCCUGACUAAUGAAGAGAGACAGGGGAGUGAUACAGACAGACAUAGAGACAUGAUGGAGUUUGCAGAUGCUAUUGCAGAGUGCCAGCUGAUUGACCCAGGUUUUGAUGGACCAAUCUUCACGUGGCACAGGGGGAGGCUUUGGGAGAGAUUAGACCGCAUCCUGAUUGGAGAGCAUUGGACAUCAAUUUUUGCAACUACCCGAGUAACACAUAUGGCGAAAUUCAGCUCUGAUCAUGCACCUCUUUUGGUGAGAUGCCAAUUUUCUGUCCAAACCGCGAGACCGGCAUUCAGAUUUCAGAAUAUAGAGGUAUUUGGCAACAUUAUCCAGAACCUAAAGGAUACAGAGCUGGUAGUUCUUGAGGCACAGACCUUAUAUGAUAGUGACCUGAUACCAGCACAUAGAGCCGAAUUCAGUAGAGUUUCUGCAGAGCUCAUCGUCACGCCCGAUUUAUCCCUCAUCCACACACUGCCGGAUUCAGCUAACCAGGAGGCUCUGUGUUCGCUGCCGCAGGAGAAGGAGGUUAGGGAUGCAGUUUUUGGGAUCAGUGGUGAUAGUGUGUCCGGACCGGAUGGGCUCACUUCGUUGUUCUUUCAGUCAUGCUUGGACAUUGUUGGGAGAGAUGUGAUUGCAGCUGUGGGAGACUUCUUCAGUGGGGCGUUUAUGCCCCGAAGUUUCACGGCGACCAUGAUCGUCCUCAUUCGGAAGAAGCCUAACCCGAGUGGGUUCAUCAAGGGCUGCCUGCUUAGCGAUAAUGCUCUUCUGGUUCAAGAGUUGAUACAUGACCUGGGGCAGGAGCUCUUGAGUAUAGGGAGAUCGCCCAAUCUGGCUCUCAAGCUGGAUAUGGCAAAGGCAUAUGAUAGAGUCCAGUGGUCGUUUCUGCUCAAGAGAGGUGGUGGAGAAGUUGGUUGGAUGCCUGGAUCACUCAUAGCCGUGUCUGGUCAGCUGGUGAAUAAUGGGAAGGCACACUUCUAUUUGGCGAAUGAGCACAUGGAGUUUGCUGACAUUGUGGAGAAGGUUGGAGGAUUUCAGAGAGGGGUGAUGGCUUUUACAUACCUUGGGGUCCCGAUUUUCCGAGGGGUGAGGAGGGCAAACCAUCUUUUGCCCCUUAGGCAGAGGCUGAUGAACAGGAUCCACAGCUGGUCACACCGAUAG